AUGGGAGUGACAAAGCUAAAGGUGUUCGGCGAUUCUACUUUAAUAAUCCUCCAGACGUUGGGCGAAUGGAAUACAAAAGACGCCAAGCUUGUGCCUUAUCAUGGUUACUUAGAAAAAUUGGCGGGAAAAUUCCAAGACAUCUCGUUUGAAUACCUACCUAGAAUUCAUAAUCAGUUCGCUGAUGCACUAGCAACGCUAUCAUCUAUGUUGCAAGCAACGAAAGGGUUAGAAGUAGAGCCUUUAAAAAUUGAAGUCCUGGCAAGACAGGCCUACUGCAUGGCUAUAACUGAAGAACCCGAUGGGAAACCCUGGUAUUACGAUAUCAUGAAAUACGUCCAGAAGCAAGAGUUCCCUGAACAAAGCACUCCCUCUGAUCGAAAAUACCUAAUGAAAAUGGCUUCAAAGUUUUUCGUUAGUGGUGAAAAUCUGUACAAAAGAUCGUAUGACUCAGUCCUGCUAAGAUGUGUGGAUGCAGCUGAAGCCACACGAAUAAUGCAAGAAAUACAUGAUGGAGUAUAUGGCCCUCACAUGAAUGGACGUAUGUUGGCCAAGAAGAUAAUGAGACUGGGUUAUUACUAG